GUGCCCUGCGCUCGCCCCGGGCCCGGCAUGGCGCGGCCGCCCGUGCCCAGCUCGCAGAAGGCGCUGCUGCUGGAGCUCAAGGGGCUGCAGGAGGAGCCCGUGGAGGGCUUCCGCGUGGCGCUGGUGGACGAGGGGGACCUGUACACCUGGGAGGUGGCCAUCUUCGGGCCCCCCGGCACCGACUACGAGGGCGGCUACUUCAAGGCUCGUCUCCGGUUCCCCAUCGACUACCCCUAUUCUCCCCCUGCGUUUAGGUUCUUAACCAAAAUGUGGCACCCCAACAUCUACGAGACCGGUGACGUCUGCAUCUCCAUCCUGCACCCGCCUGUGGAUGACCCGCAGAGCGGGGAGCUGCCAUCGGAGCGGUGGAACCCGACGCAGAACGUGCGGACCAUUCUUCUCAGCGUGAUCUCGCUGCUGAACGAGCCCAACACCUUUUCUCCUGCCAACGUGGACGCCUCUGUGAUGUACCGCAAGUGGAAGGAGAGCAAAGGGAAGGACCGGGAGUACACGGACAUCAUCAGGAAGCAAGUCUUGGGAACAAAGGUGGAUGCUGAGCGGGAUGGCGUGAAGGUGCCCACCACGCUGGCAGAGUACUGCGUGAAGACCAAGACUCCGGCCCCGGAUGAGGGCUCAGACCUGUUCUACGAUGACUAUUACGAGGACGACGAGAUGGAGGAAGAAGCAGACAGCUGCUACGGUGACGACGAUGACUCUGGCAAUGAGGAAUCUUGAUGGCCCCCUGGCGUUGCACAGCAUACUAAAAACUACUGAAUUUUACCUCAACUAGGACAAACUGGCUUGAAUUUAGGAUCUGUCAGCCCUGAAAUUUAACUCUCUACCUCGCAGGGAGACUAUUCUGCUGUUGUAAAGGAAACCCCACCGCUGUUCUUGUAGAAGAAGCAAAAAAAAAAA